AGCGAAACGCAAGCAAACGACUGGAUAUGAAAACAGUAAAUCGAUGAAUGUACUCGAAUACCGUAAGUCCGCUACCACGCUCAAAUCAUUCCACUCAGAAUGAAGUAGCUUUUGUGGCUUAUGCUCUUAUUAGUGCAACAUCAUGAUUGAUUUAGGUUUUCUGUUUGAAUUGGUAAGAUAAGUUGGAGUGUUGUUCCUAACUUCAUACCGAGUCUACCGUAGUCCAGCUCGUCAUUAUCGAAGUCCCUUAGCUUGUCUUGGUUUGGAAAAUCGAGAAAAUGUUCCGAGGCUGGCAGGUUUGAUUGCGGUAACGGUAAAUUUUCCCUAAUGGUUGCUUCGUCAGCAUCAGAUGCGCUCAUGAGAAAAGAGGCAGGAAUUGCUCCAAGUUUCAUGGGAGGUGAAAUGACCAAAUAAUCACCCCUUUCAAAAUGGCUCAAGACCUGUUGUAUCUCAGAUGGAAAAACCAUUACACAUCCUUGUGCUCCUCCUUCUUGCAACUUUUUUCCAGUCAUGAUAGCAAGCUAAACUAUGAUGAUGCCACAAUUGCAUGUGAUGGCAAGCUCUACCCUGUGCACCGGCUUGUAUUGUCAGUUUGCAGUGACUACUUUGCUGACAUGUUUGCUGCCACCAGUGCUGUUGGUCGUCACCCCAUCAUUGUUCUGAAAGAUAUUCCUUCAGACAUAUUUGAAGUAUUGCUAAAAUUUAUAUACAUUGGUGAGGUUAAUGUAGAGAGAUCAAAAUUUAGUGCUCUUGUAAAUGUGGCUCGCUGUCUUAAGGUUAGUGGGUUGGCAUCUUAUGAAGGUGGAGGGAUCUUGGAAGAUGCGUCUGAUGUUAAGCCUGACAAAAAACGUAAAGCUGCUGCUACCGAGUCUUCUACAGAAGCAGUUGAUGUUCAGGCCGUGGGUAAAAUCAGACGUACUAAUAAUGACACUCGCCAGAAGACUGAAGGUCCAAUGCCUGAUCAACCUCCAAGUCUGAACAAAGAAGAACAAACAUCAACUGGUCAAGUGGUAUUGAAAGAUACAACUCAGCCAUCUCAGGAAUCCCAAAGGACAAGAGGCAGAAGGAUAAAAAUGCGCAUCAACUAUGAAGAAAACGAUAGCAGUGACAGUUAUAUAGGAACUUUUGAAAAGAAAGCCCCACUACCAGCUGAUCAGUCGAGCUCUGUAAGCGCGUCCAACAUCUUGGCUGAGGAAGAUGGCCUGCCUCCGAUGGACUCGCCUGAUGUAAACCUGCCCCUGGCCUAUGAAAGUGUGUCUGAUGACUCCAGAGACUCCCUUCAGGUUGAUUCUUCAGAGACGGGUCAUUCUCUGAAGAUGUGUAGCGUGCGUCUCUCUCCUGUUGGCUCUGAUGUAUCCAAAGAUGGGUAUGUGGCUGGUGAAGACCGCAAAAGCAAAGGUACUUCUAGGCACAGGAAAUUUCAGUGUAAGUUAUGUGGGUUCCGAGCCCGGGGAAAAGGACCUAUGGUAUUACACAGCCGCACUCAUAUGAGACAACAACAACAUAAGGGCAAACUGAGUAUGAAGCUCCAUGCACGAACAUUCCUGAAGCCCUUGGCUAAAAAUUUAUCUGAAACCGAAAAAUCGAUUAUUGAAAGUGGAAAUAAAGGAGAAACAAUUCUUGCUUUAGACAGCAAAGAUAAAAGCAACGAGCCCAAAAUUUCAUGUCCAUUGUGCACGUUCCACUGCCAUGAUUCAAAAGAUUUAGACUCGCACAUGAGCUCACACACUCCGGUACAGGAGGAAGUCAAAUUCUCUUCACUUGCUGCUACAGAAACUCCAAUUGUGAAAACGUCAGUACCAUCAGCAGUUUUACCAUCUCCUGCCAAGGACCCCUUGCAGUGUAUAUUGUGUUCUACUCACUGUAACAGUGAGUCUGAGCUGUCGCUUCACUAUCACACCCACAAACGAGAUGAUGGCUUCUACUGUUGUUGUUACUGCAACUUCGCCACUCGCGAUCGAUCUAAUCUUGUGAUCCAUCAUCGUAUCCACACAGGAGAGAAACCUUUCCAGUGCUUUUUCUGCACCUACACGUCCCGUAGUCCAUAUGGUCUCAGGUCCCACUAUGAGAAGGAGAGUCACCCACUGCAGACCUUGGCAAACUGUCCAAAGUGCCCGUAUGCCUCUAAGGAGUCCAGCGAACUGGAAGAACACAUGAUGUAUUCACAUCCUGAGGGCAACAUACCUUAUAAGUGUCCUAAAUGUUCCUUCUUAGCCUCUGACAGGAGCCAGUACAUUGGACAUAUGCGUUCUCAUCCUCCUCAGACCAAAUCGUGGUUUUGCGUCAGGUGUUACUAUUGCACCUAUGAUCUGAAAGCCUUCAACUUUCAUGUGAAGACGAGACAUAAGAAAAAGAAUAUUUCAGUUGGACAGAAAUUUGCUUGGAAAGAGAUAGAAGGACAGAAUACUCCUCCGGGAGAGGUUGAUCUGGGCAAGAUAGGUGCAAAUAAAAACGAGGCACUGAACGAAAUGAGUGGGUCAACAUCGGAAAUGACCUCUCCUGUCGCUUCAUUUGCAAUGCCAAAACAGUCCCGCGUUCCUUCACUAGCCAACGAUCUCGUUAUAAAGCUCGCCAAGAAUCGAUACAAGUGUCGGAUGUGCCCGUACACAAAAAGCUCUAGGCAAUCUGUGAGAGCCCACACUCGACGCCACACGGGAGAGAAACCAUAUGCUUGCACGGAAUGUCUUUAUCGAGCAUCGCAAUCGGCUUCCCUGGCAACUCAUAUAGAAAAACACCGUCGCAAUCUUCCUUUCAAGUGUCCACAUUGCUCCUAUUCAACAAGGGGUAAACGGCUUCUUCGCAACCACAUAGUUCGGAAUCACCGCAUAGAUGAUGAUAAUAUCGAAGAUAUUCCAUCUGCCUACGGUAUUGCUAUUGAAUCACACUGCCCUGAUUGCUCAUUCAGAAGUGACGACAGACAAACGCUACUUUGUCACAUCGAACAAGAACAUCCGGCGUCUGCCUCUAUCACUUCUAAUACCACCUUUAAUUCGUUCUAUUCUUUCAAUUCAGGUGAAUUUAGUGCUGCGCCUGAAAUGCCAGAUAACUCUACAAAUGACGACAGCUGUGUCGAUCCCUCGGAAUUGUGUGGGGUUGUCAUAAAACAAGAAGUUCUGAGCGAUGACGAUAGCAGCACAUUUGAUGUGCCAGCUACUGAGACGCGUGAUGUGUGUGAAAGUGUCGUGCCCCAAGCUGAGAAUGUCGACGAGCCUGAUGCAACGGUAAACUCCAUUUUCGAAGUGGCUGAAUCUCAUCCCUUCUCAAACGUACAAGUGAAAGUAAUCAAGCCUUCGCUCAUGGAUAUGGUCGAUGUUAUCGAUGAUCCAACAUUCGUUAUGAAAACGUCACUCAUGACUUACUUGUCUGUGGAUAAUCCAGCUAAUCCUCUCAUUAACAAGACUGAUAACAAUGAAUAUCGCUGCAAUGACUGUUUUUUUCUAACUCCUGAUCCGGAAAUUAUGACUAAGCACGUUAAAGAGUACAUCAAGACAAAACAAUAUGCAUGCGAUCGCUGUAAUUUUCGCUCUAAGUACUCCAAAUCUAUUGAAAAGCACAAAAUGAAAGGAAAGUCCAAUAAAUUGUACAAGUGCCCUACUUGCAAGUUGAGGACAUGUUGCCCACUACCCACGCAUUGGUAUCCGUGUUACCAAGCCUGGGAGCAAAGCAAGACUGAUGAAGUUCUUCCUUACAGAAAAGGGCGGAGACCACUUGAGCCUUCCAUAUUCGAUUCCUGUUAUGCGUCAUCAGCGUCUGAAGGUUACAGUAUGAAAGAUGACGUGAGUGACGCAGCUUCGCAAAGCAAUGGUGAAUACAGUCUGAAUAAUGAAGUUGUUGAAUCAGAUGACAAUUUGAAAGUGGAAAAUGAAUCCAAUUCAGGUAAGAUUUCAGAUGCAAAAUACAAACUGAAUGUUAUUGAUCGCAAGGCUGGAACUGAAGAGAAGCCAAAUGACCUAUUAAAUAACGAUGACUGUGCCUCGUAUCUAAAUGCUUUAGAUGCUUCUGAAAAAAGUGUCAGUUCUGGUAAUCCGGAAAAAGACAAACACCCGACUAAUCUCGACAAAAAUUUCGACAUAGGAGCAAACAAAAGACUCGAAUCUUGCAUUGAAACAUCUGAUGUGAUGGCGUUGGAGACAGGCAAUAUUUUUACUGACCACAGCUCUGGUUUUGAUGUGAAUUCAGCAGACGACGAGGAAAACUUCAUUCAAUGCGACCCAAUAAGUGUAGACCCAAUGGAUCAUGUAGCUGAAUUUGACGAAGAUCAGAAUAAUGAAGAGAACGGAGAGCUAGAGACCUUGGUUCCUCUGACUGAAGUGUCGGGACUGAAUCAAAUAGAUGGCAUGAAUGCUGAACCCUCAGGAAAAAAAGCCGAGACCAGCAAAGAGGAGGUUUCAAACUUCGCUUCGAUGAAGUCGCCUCUUGCUUUCUCUUUUGCAAGUAGCGAUGUUGAUGAUAGUUUGGACUUGAACAGCGUGAGUUAAAAAAAUUCAAUUCCAGGAAGAGCCUGUGAUUGACAAAGUGAGCUUUUCUGCUCCAGACGAAUCGUGUUCAUCGGCAUUGCCAUAGGAAAAUCUAUCGUGAUAAUUUCUUGUCCACAGUAUUCAAUUAAAGUGUAAGAUUAGUCGGUAGCGGUUUAGUUUUGAAUAAUUCUCGGAACGGCGCACAUUUUCGUUCAGAAUGUAAUUCUUGCAAAUUCCGUAUUUUGAAUACAUGUAAUUUCAAAAAUAAUCGAUCCAGAAAGCACUUUGCUUGAAAAUUUGAUGUUUGGAACGAGUUUUCCGACUAGUCCUAUUUUAUCCUCUUCUCUAUAAACUAAUUGCAGAUAUUGCGUUUCUCGUCCGUUCAGGCUCUGCACGCGUGCCCAUUUACGUUGAUGUCUUUACUACAUUAAGGUUUAUGAUGUACUUCACGUUUUAUCAGUUGCUUCACUCAAAAGUUGAUCUAGUCUGGUGUAGCUGUAGAUUAUUCCUGUGUGAUAUUUAUUUGUCGACUGUCUCUUGCUAUUGCUUUGUAAAUAUUCUUAUCCGUGUUACUUCUUAUCCUAAAGCCUCCGUUGUGCGAAUAUUCAGGAUCUUCUUUUCUAUUCAUUAAAUUCAGCACUUGCAUAUAAAGCCCUCUGAACCAUAAAUACUCGUCUAAAUAAUCAACGAAAUUUUCUAAAAAUGCGUGGCCGGUCUGAUUUAUUCAUUUCUUGAAUUAUGGAUGCCGCGCAAUUUCAGAGCAAAUGAUUUUAGGAGGCUUUAAUCUCAACUCUCAUUUGUUCGUUCAAUGGCGAUAAAUACGUUAACGUUGAUUGCACAGCUCGGGUUUUUUGAAAUUCUGAAGUAACGCUAAUGUUAGAAUACUUCUCUGGUCGGUGGACAUAAUUUAAGUAGAUUUAAGAUGACGUUAGUGUUAUGGUUUGUGUUACAUUUCUUCAUGCUGCUAUUUUAAUUCAUAUUUUCCAGAGUGUUCGUCUCUUGGUUAAAGCUUACUAUUCAAGUUGUUAAAUGAGAGAAAAUUAUUCGCCUACUAUGACGUAGAGUUUCCAUUGCUCCCGAACCUAGUUUUUCAUGGCAUCGACGUACAACUUUUAGGUGCCCUUAUAUCAAUUCUGAAGAGUGAGUGUCAUUUAGGAAUGUAAAUAAUUUCUUUCGAGUACUUAAUGAAGUUCAGUUGUUUUCGUGUACGCUUUGCAUUUAAUUACUACUUCGUUGUUUGUAAUUCAUGGAGGCUUCGUUCACGCUACGACUGUAGCAUGACUUACAAGUCUACAGUAAUCUCUGGUGACUACUUUGUCUGUGCAGCUUCUCCGACGAUGUCCCAACGGCGUACUAAUGUCGACGGCGUACUAAUAACUUGCAUGCGUAGCUUCAUCUGUCCACGUCGAUUAAGACUCGUAUAUUAAUUACAGUUCAGAGUACCAGGAUUGGAGCAGAGAGGCGCGGGUUCGAUCCC